UCCCCGAAUCGAUUAGGCAGUCGGAAAGGGCCACAGGGCCACAGGGCAACAUACCAGACCAACCCGCCCCUAACUUCCCACCUCUCCAGCCCGACUUCUUAAUCCCCAUUCCCCAAAUCGCACGACUUCGUCGAUUCGCAUCCACGAUUCGAGCCCAUUCCGUCCGCACAGACCCCGAAUAGGUUGAUCGUCCACAAUGCCCAAGAAAGGAGGAAAGAGCAAGAGUAAGGGAAAGAAGAGCGGUGGUGGUGCUGCUAAGAAGCCCGCCGAUGUCCCCAACAAUGUCGCCCCCGCCAACGAGGUCGAGGAAACCAUCACCAAGAGCGACGGCGAACCCGAAACUGUUGCUACCGAAGCAGGCGCCGCAGUGACUACAGUAUCCGAGCCCGUCGUCCCCGAAACGGCCUCCAAGAGCGAGAGCAAUGUUGAAGCCGUCGCUGAAGAUGACACUGGCGUGUCUGCACCCACGGCCGUCAUUCCUGAAACUGUCACCAAGGACGACAGCGAAGUCGCUGCUGAAGCUGCUGAUGCUGGGGUGACUGCACCCGAGACCAUCGUUCCUGAAACAGUUACCAAGAGCGAUAGUGACGCCGUCGCCGCUGAAGUUGCUGGCGCUGGGGUGACUGUACCCGAGACCGUCACCAAGCCCGAUGUUCCUGAAACUGUCGCUGCAGCUCCUGCGACAUCCGAGACUGUUGUUCCCAACAUUACCACUGAGAUCCCCUCGGCCGCUCUUCCGAUCAAUUUCACCGAGGCAGCCUCGAAUGCGGUCAGCACCUCGUUCCCCAAGGUGGAUGAGAGCGUCGUAGAAGAUGCUGCGCAGAAGGCGCCGAUCUCCCAGGACGAGAAGGUGGAAGAGGGAACGACUGUAUUGCCUUCCCCUACCGAGGUGGCAGCCACCUCUCUGCCAGUUAAAGACAACGCCCCGGAGACCCACGCCGACGCCCACGUGAAGCGACCAUACGAAAGCAGCCUCUUCACGAAGGAGGAAAACCACAAGCCCCACAAGAUGCCCAAGGUGGAAGACGAGCAAGACACUGCCAUCGAGAAGGAUGCGAUUGCCGACAAGGUUGAGGUUCCCAGUGGGACAACUGUGCAGCCCCAAGUUGUUCCCGGACUUGGUGCUGGUGCUUCGGAUGAGGCGUCCAAGGACUUGGAGGUCCCAGGGCUUGCUGCGGCGGACAAUGACGCCAGCAAGGCCGCUGGAGCUACAUCCAGCACCGCGCCUCAGGCUACCGAUGCCACCAACGAAAAGGUUGUUGAAGUUCCAUCCAGCGCAACCGAGGCCCAGGCGGCUGAGACAAGCGCAGCCGACACCACUGCUGUCGCCCCAGUGGAGGUUUCCGCAAAGCCUGAGACUGCUGAGGCUAUUGCUCCCUCUGGAGCUCCCACCUCUGUUGUAGCCGAGAGCACCGGUGAAGUCAAGCCGACGGCCGGUGAGGUAACACAGGCGGAGUCAGCGACGGCCACCAAGGCCCCGACCGCAGCCGCAGACAGUGAACCCGUCUCAGUCGUUCCCACCAGCAUCACAAACCCCUCUGCGAUGGGUAAGGAUGCGGCGGACAAGACGGCCGAGAAGUCCGCUGUCGAGUCCGCCGAGGCGAAACAGCCCGUGAAGGCAGCGGAAGACAAGCCCCAGGAGGCGAAGGAACAAGCGCCGGAAAAGCACCAAAGUGUUGUUCCUUCCACGAUCAAGGACACCAAGCCGGAGGCCGCGCCCCAAGCGACUCAAGCCGCUUCGGAGGCUCCUAAAGAGGAAGGCGCUGCAGUCAAGAAGGCCGAAGAGGCCAAGCCUUCAGAGACCAAGCCCUCGGCGCCCCAACCGGAGGGUGCCUCUGCUACUAAGACUGCCGAAGAGAGCAAACCCGAGGCCGCUCAAGCUGCCCCGAAACCCGCCGAGGGCAAGUCGACUGUUGAGCAGGCCAAGGAUACUGCCAAGGGUGAGGCCAACAAGGCCCCCGAGAGGACCAAGUCGGAAGUGAGCAGCAAGGCGGAGAAGCGCAAGAGCGGACUCUGGACCUGGCUCAAGCGCAAGGUCAAGGGCGACAAGAACUAAGCGUUGCCCUGUUUUGUGCCCUUAGCUACCGGAUGGAUUUCCGAUCCGGAUCGAUCUUUUGGCUUUUUGGUGGUGGAUGCCGACCAAAAAGCCCGUAUUGCUGAUACCCCAUAUGAAUGGUUGCAUGGAGCGACGGAUAUAAAAAAAGCAAAACCUCUAAACAAAAAAGGAA